CUUUAACCAUGAAGUUGUUACUAGUCAUUCUAGCUGUGAUCGGUUUCUUAGCACUUGAAAUUGAUACAGCUUCGCUUGAACGAAUUCGCUCGUCUUUGAAAGGGCAUUCACGCACUCGGACAAAGGACUUGCCCAAAAACUUCACUAUCCAGCAACGAACCUACAAUGGAGUACCGGCAAACAAAAGAGAAUUCCCAUACAUAGUCUACUUAAGUAUUACUCUCAAUAAUGGAGAUGAUUAUUCGUGUGGUGGUUCCAUCAUUGACAAUUCAUGGAUUCUGACUGCCGCUCACUGCACAGAAGUUGCAGAAUAUAUAGAGAUUUUCUAUGGUUCAACCAAGCCUGGAGUGGGUAUAAUAAGUCACAAAGUCGGCGCUAGUAAUAUUAUUCAGCAUGAGGACUAUGAUAAUGAAAGUCUUGAAAACGAUGUGGCCCUCAUACACACUCCCCAUGUAGAGUUCACCAAACUUAUCGACAAAGUGCAGCUUGCGGAUCGGGACAAUGACUAUGAAGGUUAUUGGAGUGUAGUCAGCGGCUGGGGAGACAUCAAUGAUGAGGGUGAUUCACCAGACGAGCUUCUGUACGCCAAUUUACAAAUUCUCGAAAAAGAUGCAUAUGAAGAACAGGCUGAUCCUGACAUUGUUCUGUGCGCUACUUCAUCUGAAGGAGUAAACAUCGGAAAAGGCGACUCUGGCGGUCCAUUGGUUACUUUUGAGGAUCACAAACUUGUUGGUGUUACCUCGUUUAACUUUGAAUUUAAUGCCUUGCCAGCUUGUUUCAGUCGAGUUAGCGCUUUUCGUGACUGGAUUGAUGAAAACACAGAUAUAGAGUAAAACCAACGAUCUCUUUUUCGCUGAACCAUUUAAAAAUAAUUCAAAAAAUUAGUAGCAAUCUCAGUGGUUUAUUCUUAAAGCAUUGUUGCAAUUAGACAAUAAAUCCAUAAAUUUCUAACUUUUCUAACAGAACUAAAAUAGUAACAUUAAACAAACAGAAUAUCUUUAAUAUAACAAUUAUAAUAAUUAUGAAAAAUAAAUUAAAAUUAAAUAAAUAA